AUGUCUAAAAUGCAAGAGAUUAAGAGAAUUGUAAGGAACAAAUUCACGAAAGAAGAAGAUGAUAAGCUUAAAUCAUUAGUUAAUUCGAUGCAACGAGAUAGAAAAGCAAUUGAUUGGCACAUUAUUGCAAAAUUAAUGGUAACAAAAAACCCAAGGCAAUGCAAAGAUAGAUGGUUUUACUAUUUGGAUUCGAAUGUUAAUCUAGGUCCUUUUACUCCUGAAGAAAAUUACAAAAUUCUAUGGUCUGUUCAUCAAUAUGGCAAGAAAUGGACUGCAAUCUCACAAUUAUUCCCGCAUAGAACUGAUGUUUCCAUUAAAGCACAAUAUAAGAAGCUACUAAGAAGGAAUGCUACAUUUGAAAACGUGUUUCAAUUGAACACAUCUCAGAUUAUUAAAGCAGAGAAGUCCGAAGAUCGAGAAAAGUCGCAAAUUAUACAAGCUGAAAUUGAUAGUUCCUUUUUCGAACUAGAUGAAAUGGAAUCCCAAUUUGAUUAA